UGCAACGUCACGUGAUGACGUUUCGUGGGUAACGUCAGAGGAAGUUAUUCCAGUAAAUUCGCGUUAACUAUCAAGUAAAAAAUCUUAGAGGCUUAGACUUCUCGAACCUUAGAAAACAUAGCAUUUUCGACAUUUACCCACCAGCACGAUGAUGAUGGACGAGGACCAGCCCAAGACAUUGUAUGUCGGGAACCUCUCCAGGGACGUGACGGAGGCCCUCAUUCUGCAAGUGUUCUCCCAGAUCGGUCCCUGCAAGAGCUGUAAAAUGAUAAUUGAUACGGCUGGAAACGACCCGUACUGCUUUGUGGAGUUCUAUGAGAACAGACACGCUGCUGCAGCUCUGGCUGCCAUGAAUGGCAGGAAGAUCUUGGGGAAGGAUAUGAAAGUUAAUUGGGCCUCAAUGCCAAGCAGUCAGAAGAAAGACACAAGCAAUCAUUUCCAUGUCUUUGUUGGUGACCUGAGCCCAGAAAUCUCAACGGAUGAUGUCAGAUCAGCAUUUGCUCCUUUUGGAAAGAUCUCUGAUGCCCGCGUGGUUAAGGACUUGGCCACAGGCAAAUCUAAAGGAUAUGGUUUUAUCUCCUUCAUUAAUAAAUGGGAUGCAGAGAGUGCCAUUCAGCAAAUGAAUGGCCAAUGGCUGGGAGGCAGACAGAUCAGAACAAACUGGGCCACAAGAAAGCCGUCAGCACCCAAACCAAACAAUGAAGCCAGUAACAAACACUUGUCCUUUGAGGAGGUUCUGAACCAGUCGAGUCCCAGCAACUGCACUGUGUAUUGUGGUGGAAUUGCUUCUGGCCUUUCAGAUCAGCUGAUGAGACAGACAUUCUCUCCAUUUGGGCAAAUAAUGGAGAUCAGGGUUUUCCCAGAGAAGGGCUACUCGUUUGUGAGGUUUGACUCGCAUGAGGGUGCUGCCCAUGCUAUAGUGUCUGUGAAUGGCACCUGCAUUGAGGGCCACACUGUGAAGUGCUACUGGGGCAAAGAAACAGCUGAUAUGAGAUCCAUGCAGCAGAUGCAGAUACCCCAGCAGAAUAAACCUACCUAUCCAGCACAGUCUUACGGACAGUGGGGCCAGUCAUAUGGCAACGGUCAACAAAUGGGCCAGUAUAUGGCCAAUGGCUGGCAGAUGCCCUAUGGAGUCUACGGGCAGGCCUGGAAUCAGCAGGGAUAUAAAUAAGUAAACGUUGCGAUCUAAUCCUUCAGUCCAAUCAUUAAACCCUGCUUCAGUGUGGCAUCUGCCAAGUGGGACUCACCAUUAAACCAGUUCAGGGGUUGUUGAAAGGGCUGCAUUCAGCCCAUUGUAUAUUAUACUCAGACCAUUAACCUGGAAGGAAUCCUGUCUUUAUAUUGUUUUUUUUUAGGCCCCAAGACAUAUUUUUUAUUUUUUUUUUGUCAAUUUCUUUUUUUUUUAAAGUAAUACAUUUUGGGGACUUUAAUUGUAAAACAAAUGGAAUGUCUUUUCAAUGUGUUCUGCAGGCUGAACUUAGCUCGCACCUCAAAUUGUGUUGAAAAUAUGAAGCCUAACAAACUGCACUCUUUGUAUGGAGAUUUUUUUCUUUAAACCUUUUUUCCCCCAAAAGAUUUUUUUUCUUUUUCUGUACAACUCUGCUUACAUUUUGUUUACAAGAGAGGUUUCAAGAAUUGUGUUAAUCAAAUAUACAAUAUUUUAUCUCCUAACAUCUAGUGAUAUGGUAUUCUGCAUAUAUAAGGAUUUCUCUGUGGCCUUGACGUGUACAUGAGGUUUCAGGAUCUUGUAAAAGUAUAGAAAGUUUUGGACGCAAUUACUGAAGCGUUUAACCAAUUCUAUUAACACAGAGGUGCAGAAGAAAUGCUUGCUUUUUGUUCAAUUUAAAUGUUAGAACAUUAAUUUUGUAACAUGGAAUACAUAAUUGUUUAGUUCUAUUUUUAAAACUUUUUGUUUAAUGUUUUUACAAAAUCAUGUUUGCUUCGAUCAGUUGAGGAUGUGACGGCACCGUGGCUAAUUAAAGUUAUAGGCAGUGCUGUAGCAUCUUUGUAAAGAUUUUUGUAAUUCUGUGUAAAAUGAGGUUGUGAAUUAUUUCUUUAGAUUUUGUAAAUUCAGGGUUUGUUCAACAUCUGUAAUGUAAUAAUGUUGCAUGGACAUUCUGAGCUCUGUUCUUGUUACAAUCUCUUGUUAACAUAAACUCCAAGGUGUAAAUUAGUUACUAUGAUGCCAUUUAAAUGUGUCCUUCAUUCAUACUUUACCCUCAUGAGUCACUGUUGAUUUUACAAGCCAAAAACAAUGAUGAAAAAAGUGAGACAAUGCAUGCUCCCACCUUGCUGUUUUGAAACAGUGAUUGUAAUGUCAGUGUUGGUUUUAUAUGAAAAGGGGAAGAAUUGUGAUAUACUCUCUAGGAUUUCACCCACAUGCUGUCGAAUUACUCACAUGUCUAAAUUACUUAACCUGGACACUGAUGUCAUUCUAUAUUUAUUUUCUUUCUCUUUUCUCUCUUGGCCCCUAAACAGAGUCAUGAUCAAAAAACCAACUGAUCAAGUCAAAAAUGAUGAGCAACCAUCUUUAUUUUUUUUCUUGUCAUGCAAAUUUAUCAGCAUUAGUUAUUUAAUGUCACUGCUUUUGAUCUUUUUUUUUUUUUUUGUAAAAAGUUUGAGAGGUUUACUGUUUUAUUGAGACACCCCCUAUUAUAUGCUUCCAUCUAAUGUUGUUCCACUUACUGUAUUCCAUGUGUAAAAACACUUAAUAAUAACCCUUCAAAACAGUUA